CAUUUAUAUUAAGACGUUCUAUGAGCAUAUUUUUUUUUUUUUAAAAAAAAAAUUUUUUUUUCUUGUAAAUUAUAUUAACAUAAUGUCAAUAGUAAGAAAGAUACUUUACUCAAUAAUAAGGUUUUUUGCAAAAAUAAUCUUUACAAUAUUUUAUCGAGACCAUGGAGCAUUUCAUCGAGAAAAUUUUCCGAAAGACGAUGGCACACCAAUAUUAUUUAUAGCGGCACCACAUGGAAAUUUUUUAAUGGAUGCAAUAACAAUUUUUGUAGCUUGUCCACGAAAUAUGUAUUUCUUAAGUGCAAAAGCGAAUUUUAAUUAUCCAAUAUUUGGAACAAUUAUAACGAUACUUGGAUGUAUACCAGUGACGAGACCACAAGACGCAGAAAGAAUUAAUGGGGAUGGGUUAGUUAAAGUUAUAGAUGAAGGAAAAAAAGUAACGGGAGAAGGACUUGGAAAAGUAUUACAAGUAGGCGAUACACUUUAUGUUGAAUUUGAAAGACCUAAUGAUAACGAAAUGUUAAAAGAAGCUAGUGGAACAGUAGAAGAAAUUAUUAAUGAUGAUUUAGUACGUAUAAAAGAACCCGGAAUGAAAUGGUUGACAAAAGGAAGAAGAAAAGGAAAAUUUAGAAGAUUAGUUGAAUACGGCAAUGUAUUUAUUAGAGUUGAAAGAGGUAAUACAAUGAAAACGUUGGAAGGGCUAAAUUUUAUACCAAAAUCAGUAACACAAAGCGUAAGCAGAAGUUGGGAUAGGUUAUCAUCUUCACCUGGUAAAUUACCUUUUCCAAUCAACGAUGACCAACCUGACGAAAUUGUAGUGUGUCCACAGAAUCCUGAAGCAACAGAAAGAACACCUCUGUUAAAUGCUAGUGAAUCUUCUUCAUAUCAUAAAACUCAAUCUUCAUCCAGACCAACAUCAACUUAUAAACCAAAUUUUCCUUCUGUGCCAGACAUACCCACAACAUAUUCUUAUAUUCAUAUGCCACCCCAUUCAGAAGUAUAUUCGGCAGUAUAUAAUCAUUUUUCAAAAUCACAAUGUGUUGCAAUAUUUCCUGAAGGAACUUCACAUGAUAAUGAACAUAUGUUAUCAUUAAAAUAUGGUUGUGCUGUAAUGAGUUUAGGUUAUUUGGCCUCAAAAGAACCUGAUGCUUUUGGUAAAGAAAGGAAAUUAAAAAUUGUACCUUGCGGGUUGAAUUUUUUUAAUCGUCAUAGAUUUAGAAGUCGUGUGUUUGUUGAUGUUGGUCAACCGAUUGAAAUUGAACAAAGAUUAGUUGAUUUAUAUAGAUCUGGUGGUGAAGGAAAGCGUCAAGCUUGUCAAGAACUUUUGAAAACUAUUCAAACUUCAUUGACUGAAUUAACUGUUAAUGCUCCAGAUUAUAAUACCCUUUUGUUCUUUAAGACUGCUUCACGUUUAUAUCGAGAAAAUUUACCAAGUGAAUUAAGUUUUUCUAAAAAAUUAGCAUUGUUAAGGAAAAUAGCUAAAAAAUAUACAGCGAAUACACCACCAACGGAUGAAGCACGUAAAUUAAAAUAUGAAGUUGUUAUGUAUAUACAAAAACUUCGUAGUCAUCGAUUAUCACCACCACACAUGUCCACGACGCCAGUAUCGUUAUUUUUAUAUUUACCAUUACUCGUAAUUCUUUUUAUAUUAACAAUGCCAGGAUUAAUUUUAUUUUCGCCAAUUGGGUUAAUAGCGAAAUAUGUUGGUAAAAAACAAGGAGAAAAUGCAAUGUUAUAUGAUGAUAAUUCAUUAGCAAUAACAAGAUGGCCGGGUAGAGAUGUUAUAGCAACAUGGAAAAUGAUGUCAGGAUUGGUAUUAUUCAUUACUUUUGAUAUAAUAUAUUCUAUUAUUAUGGUACACUUCAUUAAAAAAUGUAAUUUGUAUGAAUUUCACGGUCGUAAAGAUAUUUUCAUACUUGGUUUUUGUAUAUUUGCAUUUUUUUGGACUGUUAUUGCUUAUGCUACGAUUUUAUUAUGGGAAAGAUUGUGUUGGGUUGGUAAAAGAACCUGGGUUGGUGUUUGGAGUUUAUUUAAUCCAAGAGAACGUAAAUCAUUAACUUCUUGGAGAAAUGAGUUAACUAUUAGAGUUUGCAGAUGGGUUGAUAAUGGAGAAUAAAUUAUUUUCAUAUUUAUUUAUUAUUGAUUAGAUAGAAAACCCUAGAAUUGAACAAAAUUAAAUUAAUUAUAUAUUUUUGAGACUUACAGCAUUUAUUUAUAUAUUUAUACAUGUAUUAUUUUCUUACAAUUAUUUCCCUUUGUU